UUUGACAAAGCCCUCCUUUCUGAGUCCUCCCACUUCAUUCGCUUGCAAAUCAUUGUGUCCAAAGAGGUCUUCAGUCCCCCAAGCCCAAACCUGGCGCCCUGCAGCGCCAUCAGCGGCAGUAUCUUCCUAUUUGAGGGACGUUUCUUAUUAAUCAGAAACGCUGAAUGGAAACCAAUCAGAUAGAGAGUUCCUUUGGCUUCAGCUUCCUGCCUGUCUGAGUUAAAAGUGAUGCUCGAAGAGAAAGCCACACUGAGAUGCAUGAAGAUUCAGCUGUGAAGAUACUAUAAAAAGAGAAGAGAAGGACCGAGACAGAAGCAACAACGGAAUUGUUAGUGCGGAGUAGGGCUAAACUCAGUUCCAUUGUUAAGCAAGGAAAAACAAACAAUACAUUGAAUUUGACAACCAGCUGAAGUUGCAGAUAAUGAGGACUUACCAUUGUAUACCAUUACUCAUCUGGACCUAUAUGUUCCAUACAGUUGAUACCAUCCUAUUACAAGAAAAACCUAACAGUUAUUUAUCAAGCAAAAAGAUAGUGGGUCUGACAAAAGAUGAUGGCAAAAUGCUACGUCGCACCAAGCGUGGCUGGAUGUGGAAUCAGUUCUUCUUAUUGGAAGAGUACACAGGUACUGACACACAAUAUGUAGGCAAGCUUCACACUGACCAAGAUAAAGGAGAUGGAAAUUUAAAGUACAUACUAACAGGAGAUGGGGCUGGCAGUCUAUUUGUUAUAGAUGAAAAUACAGGAGACAUUCAUGCUGCAAAGAAACUAGACAGAGAAGAAAAAUCUCUGUACAUUCUUCGUGCCAAGGCUAUAGACAGAAAAACUGGGCGGCAGGUGGAACCGGAAUCAGAAUUUAUCAUUAAAAUUCAUGAUAUCAAUGAUAAUGAGCCAAAAUUUACAAAAGACUUAUACACUGCCAGUGUUCCUGAAAUGUCUGGAGUCGGUACAUCUGUUAUACAAGUAACUGCAACAGAUGCAGAUGACGCCAACUAUGGAAAUAGUGCCAAAGUGGUCUAUAGCAUAUUGCAAGGACAGCCAUAUUUUUCAGUGGACCCAGAAUCAGGCAUAAUAAAAACUGCAUUACCAGACAUGAGCAGAGAAAAUAGAGAGCAGUACCAGGUUGUUAUACAGGCCAAAGACAUGGGUGGCCAGAUGGGAGGCCUUUCUGGAACCACCACAGUGAACAUCACACUGACAGAUGUCAACAACAACCCUCCUCGAUUUCCUCAGAGUACGUAUCAAUUUAAUUCCCCUGAGUGUGUACCUCUUGGAACUCAUCUUGGAAGGAUAAAAGCCAAUGACCCUGACGUGGGGGAAAAUGCAGAGAUGGAGUAUAGAAUUGCUGAAGGAGAUGGCGCAGAUAUGUUCGAUGUCAUCACUGACAAGGAUACACAGGAAGGGAUUAUAACUGUCAAACAGAAUUUAGAUUUUGAAAAUCAAAUGCUCUACACUUUAAGAGUGGAUGCAAGUAACACUCACCCUGAUCCACGAUUCUUGCACCUGGGACCUUUCAAAGACACAGCUGUGGUCAAAAUAUCUGUGGAAGAUAUAGAUGAACCUCCUGUGUUCAGUAAAGUCUCUUACUUGAUAGAAGUAGAUGAAGAUGUAAAGGAGGGCAGUAUCAUUGGACAGGUUACAGCGUACGACCCAGAUGCCAGGAACAAUUUAAUAAAGUACUCUGUUGAUCGGCAUACUGAUAUGGACCGUAUUUUCGGCAUCCACUCAGAAAAUGGCUCUAUCUUCACUUUGAAAGCCCUUGACCGAGAAUCAUCUCCUUGGCAUAACAUCACUGUUACAGCCACAGAAAUAAAUAACCCAAAACAAAGUAGCCACAUCCCUGUCUUCAUCAGAAUUCUAGAUAUAAAUGACCAUGCUCCGGAAUUUGCCAUGUAUUAUGAAACAUUUGUUUGUGAAAAUGCAAAACCUGGGCAGUUGAUUCAGACUGUCAGUGUCAUGGAUAAGGAUGACCCUCCCCGAGGUCACAAAUUCUAUUUUGAACCAGUGCCAGAAUUUACUCUCAAUCCGAAUUUCACCAUUGUAGAUAAUAAAGAUAACACAGCAGGAAUCAUGACUCGAAAAGAUGGCUACAGUCGCAACAAAAUGAGCACCUACUUAUUGCCAAUUUUAAUCUUUGACAACGAUUAUCCGAUUCAAAGCAGCACUGGCACACUCACUAUUCGGGUGUGUGCCUGCGAUAAUCAAGGAAACAUGCAAUCCUGCACGGCAGAAGCCUUGAUCCUUUCAGCCGGCCUGAGCACGGGAGCUCUCGUUGCGAUUCUCCUCUGUGUCCUCAUACUGCUUAUUUUAGUCGUGCUGUUUGCUGCAUUGAAGAGGCAAAGGAAAAAGGAACCUCUGAUAAUUUCAAAAGACGAUGUCCGGGACAACAUCGUCACCUAUAACGACGAAGGCGGUGGGGAAGAAGAUACCCAGGCUUUUGACAUUGGCACAUUAAGAAAUCCAGAGGCAAGAGAAGACAGUAAACUUAGACGGGAUGUAAUGCCCGAAACUAUUUUUCAGAUAAGGAGGACUGUGCCUCUAUGGGAAAAUAUUGAUGUACAAGAUUUUAUCCAUCGAAGACUAAAAGAAAACGACGCAGACCCAAGCGCACCUCCAUAUGAUUCACUGGCAACGUAUGCCUAUGAAGGGAAUGAUUCCAUAGCAGAUUCGCUCAGCUCUUUAGAAUCCCUCACAGCUGAUUGUAACCAAGAUUAUGAUUACCUCAGUGACUGGGGGCCUCGUUUUAAAAAACUUGCCGAUAUGUACGGGGGUGAUGAUAGUGACCGAGACUAAGAGGAUUGUUUGACUUGAUCAAUAUUAGUGGAAGUACUGUCUAUGUUAUUAGAUUGAGUGGCCUGCAUUCUCUUCCCGGGAGGAAAUUUUUCAAAAAUUGAAAUUACAAACAAUACGUAGGUGUUGUCUUAGUAGGGAUUUGCUUAAUCAGUAAGUUUUCGUGAAUGAAUACGAAUGAUAUAGAUUUUUUAAAAAAUAAUAACCAGUUCACCCUCUUUGCCUAACAAUCUCGGAAGGAAAUAUAUCGCAUCAAUAAUCAAUAAAAAUACUUAAAAGGCUUUUUGUGCCUUUUCUUAGGUAUAAUAAUUUAUAAAUGUUUUCUUAACUGACUUUCAGUCACCUUUACUAUUAAACUAAACAUUGUGCAACCGCUUUGUAAAUUAAUAUGGAAAAGAUAUAUCCCUAAUGACAUAGGAAUGACUAUUACUGCCAUAUUUAUUUAGUUGAAGAAUGUCUUUGUGUUAAUUCAUUCAUAUUUUUAUAAAUGUAUAUUUAUAUUUUUGUAUUUUUAUGAAAUAAACUAGUAUUUAUAAAAUACAUUUCAUUUUAUUUAAUUCCUAGAGGCAGAUCUGAUCUCAUUUAUAACAAAAAUGUUUUACACCUUUAAAUGUAAAACAUGGUUCACUCAGGGAAUAAGCAGUUCAGAAACUACUGCAUGGAUUUGGACCUACAAUGUAGUGAAACUAUAAAAUAACUUUGGUACCAAUUGUUAUUUUUCCGUUUCAUCACUUAAAUAUUGACUAAUGUUUAUAGAACCACUGAUGUCUAACCAUCAAUAGAGUAUGAGACACAUUUGGAAUAUAAAAUAUUAUAUAUAUAUAGUUGUGGAUAAUAAACUUUAAGUGUUUUUUUUUUGCAAGUCUUUACUUUACUAUGGGAUCAACCAGUGGAUUAUAUUUGAGAGUAAAUGAAGUAUGUGUCAGUAAUGUUAUGUAGACAUAGAAAAAAUCGAAAUCAAUCUUCUCUCAGUAGUAUAGUUUUCAAAAUGAGAAAUCAUAGUUCUGAUUUUUUUUUUUUUCUUCAUGAUGAGGCAAUUCAUGGGAUAUAUGCUCAGGUGUGCGUAACAUGUUUAAAAUGUGUAUUGAAGAGUAGAGAGUUUGUUUUUAAAUUUAUUUUUUUAUUGAGGAAAUUCCAAGUCAUUAUAGUUGAGAAAGUUUUGAAAAAGCUAAGGAAAAGUAGAGAAAAGAGACUUAAAAGAAUGUGAUGGUUUCCUAAUUAUUGCGAUUGUUCAGAAAAUAGAAUAUAGGCACCUCAAACCAUGGGAAAGAAGAAGAGAUGGGAAUCGUAAGCAAUCAUCAUCUGCGAUAUUUGAAAGACUGCCGUGUAUAAUCUGGCCCUGAUAUGGCUCACAGUAUAAAAUUUCAACCAAGAUAUGGGAACUUCACAGAGAGAUUGCAUGUUAUCUAUUUUCUGUGCCAAGAAUUAACCUUUUAUUCCUCUUCAAUUAUUCAUAGUUUAGGCAGCAAAUGUCAUGCUUAUGGUGAUUCCUAGGUGGAAUUCAUAUAGGAGAAAUUUAACUUUGUCUAGUCUGUUACCAAGAGGUUUUAAGGAGCAAAUACCAAAUUAUAAACAUGUACUUAUUUGUUGUUAUAUCACUAUGUUGUAAAGUUUUUGUAGACCAAGACUAACUCAAGAACUUUAUCUUCGAUAUGUAGCACACAUUAAAUAUUUAUUAAGAUUUAAUUCAACGCUAAGAAAAAGACAUACUGGACUAUUGAGAAUUACUUGAUAUAUUUCUCAGGACACAAUCACCCAGAAAACAGAAAGAUUUUUAGUUUUAGUUUUGAUUAGAUAAUUUUAGUUUUACCUUAGAAAGGAAUUAGUUUCCUCAUUGCCAAAGCUCAUCCAUCAUAGAUAGACAAAUACCUAAUAGGAUAUAUAGAGUGACUUGAGGUAAUUAAAAAAUAAGUUAGACAUUGAGCAAGGCAUCUUAUAAUCACUUUGUUCUAUAAUCACUACAAGGUUAAAUAACAAUAAGUAAAUCAAUUCUAAGAAGACCUAUACUGACUGUCCAUGUAGUGGUUGUUUAAAAAACGAAGACAUUAUGUGGCGGGAGAGUUGAAUAAAUUGGUAGUUACAUAGCUUGCCUGGGCUUACCAUGCUUGAAAUACUAAGAGCACUUCAACAAACGAACUUACCUACAAGGUGUAGAUCUGUGAUUGACAUGAGAGAGUAAUAUUGUCAUUAGAUAGAAUAAAACAUUAAAUAUUUUAACUUGCAAAA